UGAUCGCCGCUAGUGCGCAGUUGGCGGACAUCUCUCAGAGUCUCAGAUUCAGAGACUCAGAACUCGACAAUCCUCGACAGAGUAGACUGGUGUGUUCUAUGCCGGCUCCGUCUCAAUUUAUACAAUCAGUCGUCCGGCUGAAAGCCCCUCGAGCGGACCACUUCUGUGUUGUACUUAGAGCUAAUAUAUUUUCUGUGUAAGAAAUGGACAAAAUGCCCGAAGAGGAGGAGGCAUCACCGGUGUCCACGGCUCCGGCCACGCCCACAUCGCCGCUGGAGUUCAAGAUGUUGCCGCUUUUCAUGGAUUUCGAGGAUUUUAACAUUUGCCAGCCAGCUCCUUUCUCCUACGAUGACAAGGCCAUGUUGGAACUGGAGCGGUGUGAUUAUACACAGAGGAUCACCUAUCAGAUGGCCAGAGCCGGCAAGACCAAUCGUCGGGUGCGGGUCUAUUCCGAUGGCAUCUACGAUCUGUUCCACCAGGGUCACGCCCGCCAGCUAAUGCAGGCCAAGAACAUAUUUCCCAAUGUCUAUCUCAUCGUGGGCGUGUGCAAUGAUGAGCUGACCCUCCGGAUGAAGGGACGCACCGUGAUGAAUGGAUUCGAGCGGUACGAGGCGGUGCGCCACUGUCGCUAUGUGGAUGAGAUCGUCCCCAAUGCUCCUUGGUCAAUAAACGAGGAGUACCUCAAUGAGCACAAGAUCGACUUUGUGGCCCACGAUGACUUGCCCUAUGGAGCUGGCGGCCUCGACGACAUCUAUGCUCCUUUCAAGGCCAAGGGAAUGUUUGUGGUCACCGAGAGAACCGAGGGUGUGUCCACCUCGGAUAUAGUGGCCAGGAUUGUCAAGGAUUACGAUGUGUAUGUGCGCCGGAAUCUGGCCAGAGGUUACUCGGCCAAGGAGCUGAAUGUGUCGUUUCUCUCCGAGAAGAAAUUCCGCUUGCAGAACAAGAUGGACGAGCUGAAGACACGGGGAAAGCGGGAGCUGACCAAGGUGAAGGUGGACAUCAUUACCAAGUGGGAGGAGAAGUCGCGCGAGUUCAUCGAUGCCUUCCUGCUGCUGUUUGGAAAGGAACGACUGAACAGCUUGUGGAACGAGUCCAAGGGCAGGCUCAUUCAGGCUCUAAGUCCGCCGGGCAGUCCGAAUGGCUCUAUCAACGGCGAUGAUACAACAGAUGGAGAAGCAGGUUCCGAGGAUGAGUACAUGGAGCUGCCGCCGGAUUAUGGAGCGGGAACGGGGGCUUCACUCAACAGAAAACCAAGGCGACGCGUUCAAACGAACCCUUCUCCAAGUGCCAACAACGAGGUGGAAGCUGAAGAUCUCGAGUACGAGCGACGCAGCGACUGACGACCUUUAAAUUCCCAUCAUCACUCUUUCUAUCCUUUCAAAUGUAAAUUAAUUUGUUUGUAAUUCAAUAAUACUUCCAUUUGGGGCUACAGCUAGCGAAAGAACCAACAAUCAGGGGUCAAUUGAAUGUCAAUCAACACCAGUUUAAAAUAGAUUCU